UGAUUUGUAUAAUAAGACCAUACUAGCUAGGCGGCCAAUAAAAAAUCAAGUUGAUUUACAAUAAUAAUAAUAAUAAUCAAGUUAAUUAUAACAUCUCUAUAUAAAGACCUGAAAUAUAACAUCAAAAUACUCAAUUUGGUUACCAAUAAACACAUCUCUAAUGGCUACUACUACAAUGCUUCUUUUGGGUUUAUUCAUAGUUGCAAUUAAUCUUGGCAUUUCAGGUGCACAAUCAGUAGGUGUUUGUUAUGGAAUGAUGGGUAAUAAUUUACCAUCAAAAUCAGAAGUUGUGGCUCUGUACAAGGCAAACAACAUAAACAGAAUGAGACUUUAUGAUCCAAAUCAUGAAGCUUUAAAUGCUCUUAGAGGCUCAAACAUAGAGGUAAUUCUUGGUUUUCCAAACUCAGAUCUUCAAAAGCUUGCAGACCCUUCACAAGCAACAUCAUGGGUCCAACAAAAUGUGGUCAAUUUCUGGCCAAGUGUGAGAUUCAAGUACAUUGCAGUUGGAAAUGAAGUGAGUCCAAUUAGUGGAAAUACAGCUUGGCUUGCUCAGUUUGUUUUACCAGCUUUGGUAAAUGUGUUCAAUGCAGUUAGAUCAGCUGGUCUCCAAGACCAAAUUAAGGUCUCCACAGCAAUUGACACAACAUUAAUAGGCAAAUCUUUUCCACCAUCUGAAGGUGCUUUUAGAGGUGACAUUAGAGGUUUUAUUGAGCCAAUUGUUGGUCAUUUGGUUUGGGCUAAAACACCUCUUUUGGCUAAUAUAUAUCCUUAUUUUAGCCAUAGGGAUAACCCUGGUGCUAUCUCACUCCAAUAUGCUCUUUUCACUUCUCCAAAUGUGGUUGUUUGGGACAAAGGAUUGGGAUACCAAAAUCUCUUUGAUGCAAUAUUAGAUGCAUUGUACUCUUCUCUUGAAGGUGUUUGGGGUGGCUCAUUAGAUGUUGUGGUGUCCGAAAGUGGUUGGCCCUCGGCCGGUGGUUUCGCCACCUCGGAUGACAAUGCAAGGACUUAUCUCUCAAAUCUUAUUAGGCAUGUCAAGAAAGGUUCCCCUAAGAGGCCUAACAAGCCUAUUGAGACCUAUAUUUUUGCUAUGUUUAAUGAGAACCAAAAACAACCAGAGUUGGAGAAGCAUUUUGGGGUUUUUUUCCCUGAUAAAAGACCAAAAUACAACCUCAAUUUUGGUGGAGAAAGAAUAUGGGAUUUCUCAGCUGAACAUAAUGCUACACUCCCUCUUGUGAGUGAUAUGUAAGAGUAAUCUUUAUCUAUUAAGAGGUAAGGUAAGAGAGAAGAAUGUGUUAUUGUUCAAUAAUAGAAUCUACAAUGCUUGCUUUAUCUUCAUAGGUAAGCAUAGUAUGUGAGAUUUUGAGAGUACAAGAUUUCAUGUCAUCUUAUGUACUUUUUAUUUCUCUGAAGUUAUGAAGGAAAAAAAUGGUUUGUAUUUUACCUUACACUAAGUAGUGUGAUUAGAAUAUAUAGCACUUUCUAU